CCAGUUUUUCUUGCAAUCACAUUUUUUUCACAUAAAACACUACGGAGAAAACGUUUAGUCUUUUAUAAUCUCUACGUUUUAAAUUUCAAGAUAACUUCAAAUUUUCAGUAAACAAAAUAUCUAACUGUCUAAGCUCGUCAGAUAGAACGGCGUUCUUUCUUUAAAAAUUUAAAACGUAGAGAUUAUAAAAGACUAAACGUUUUCUCCGUAGUGUUUUAUGUGAAAAAAAUGUGAUUGCAAGAAAAACUGGUAUACAGGUUCAACGGAGGUACUACAGCAUUACGGAAUUUUGAGGCUGAGAUUUUUUUCUUUCAUGAAAGCAUUGAAAUAGUUUUUAGAAGGUAGGACGAUUAACUACAGAAAACUUCAAACGUUCAAGUUUUCAAGACAGAUAUUUGAAAACUCCUCUGAAACAUCAACACAAUCCAACAAUAAUAGAAGUCAGUCGUAUGAAUAUAUGUAUCAUUUUAGACUCGCUAUAUUGGCGUACUGAAAAUUGGUGUGUGCUUUUCUCAAUUGAAAAAGUUUAAUCUUUUAUAAUCUCUACGUUUUAAAUUUCAAGAUUAAUUAAAAUCUUCAGUAAACAAAGUAUUUGACUGACUAUCUAAGCUCGUCAGAAAGAACGUGUUUUUACUUGUGAGAACAUCAUUUUUCUCAUACAACACAUCUUCGAAUGGCUUUUCUCGUGAGAAUGAGUGAAUUCGGUAGAAAGUGUUCUAAACCUUUCUCUGCAGAGAAUAAUUUGAUUUUCUCAUUGUACAGGCAAUAGACAUUUUGAAUUGAUGAUAUAUGAAGAAAACUCUGAAUCAUCUAUAUCAUUUCUUAACCACUUUUAGGCUUUGGAGAACGUUCACAAAUAUGAGGAGUCCGAUAAUCACAUAUGUAGCUCGUAGAAAUCUGUAAUGUGUCGGUUGCAAAUCCUUUUUCAGCUGUUAAACAGAUCGUCCAUUUCUUCGAAUGGUUAUCUUUUGUUACUGUAUUUUCAGUGAUUAUAAUCGCGAAAAACCAAUUGAAACGGCUUCAGCAAGACUAUAUGGAGCCUUAGCUGGUUCCAGUCUUCAUCGAGCUAUGUGGCAUAUGUUUUGGGCUUUAUUAGUACAAGCCGUAUUACUCAUAUUUACUAUCGGAACAAAAUUACCGAGCGGUCUCAUUAUACCAAGUAUAUCCAUUGGAGCACUUGCAGGACGUCUAAUUGGUGUUGUUACAGAACAAAUUGCAUUUAAAAAUCAACAUUUGUCUAUCUUAAGACAUGAAUGUGGCGUAUCGAACGAACAUUGUGUAACGCCUGGUCUUUAUGCUGUGAUUGGAGCAUGUGCAUUCCUCGGUGGUGUAUCUCGAAUGACUGUCUCUCUCGUUGUAAUUAUGUCUGAAGUAACAGGUGGUCUCUCGUACAUUGUACCAUUAAUGAUAACAGCACUAACAGCAAAGUGGGUCGGUGAUGCGUUUGGAGAGGGAAUUUAUGAAGAAAAUAUCAAAUUAUCCGGUUAUCCUUACUUAGGAAAUCGUGAAAGUUUUCGUUUUACACUGAAAGCUGGUGAAGCCAUCCGGACAUCUAAAGCCGGUAUGGCAACAUCGUUAGCUUACAUUCUUCAAGAUGGUAUGACAAUUGCUACUAUUGAUAAACUUGUUCGACAACAUCCACACUCCAUUUAUCCCGUUGUUGUUAGUGAAGAAUUUCCAUGUCUUGUUGGACAAGUACAACGACGUGAUCUCAUGGCCGUAUUUAAAUCACGUAAAGUACAACAAACUCUUACACAACCAAAAUCAUUAAAUUCUAAAACAUCUGUUGUAUCGUUAUCAUCAUUAAUAAAUAAAUCUGGUCAACCGUUACCAAUUGGUGUUCGACGAGCAUCAAUUGCUCUUCAAGCAUCAAAAAUUCUACAAUUGAAUAAAUUAGUUGAUCGUGCACCAAUUAUUGUUACUGAUCAAACACCAAUGGAAGCUGUCAUUGAUAUGUUUAGAAAAUUAGGAUGUAGACAAAUAUUUGUAACUCAAAAUGGUCGAUUACAAGGUAUUCUAACACGAAAAGAUAUCAUUCGUCUAAUGCAUGAAGCAAAUGUUCAAAAGAAAUUUGAACAUAUCUGA